CGCCAUCAUGAAUUCAACACAUUUCAACCAAUCCGGGCUUAACCGCACAAAAAGUGAAUUUUUACUGUUUUUACACUGUUUCCAAAGCAAUAAACAAUAGUACAUCAACAAUAAUCAACAAUUUUAAAAAGUAAAAAAUGGACAUGGUUGGCUCUCCCGGCGAGAGCGUCGCUUCGCCAUCAAUGCGCAAGCAUAAAAGACACAAACGCGACCGCUACGAAGACGACAGCCACGAUGGAUCCUCACUAGAAAAACCAGGAGGUCUUAAACUCAUCCUGAAAGUCGGCGGACAGAACACACCCGAACACAACCCAGAAUUUCAAUACACCGGACAAUUCGCCGCUGAACAAUCCGAACUCCUGCGCUCGCAUCACAAGAAAAGCAAGAAAAAGAAGAAGAAAAAGGACCGCUCGAAGGAUAAAGAACGCAAACACAAGCAUCACCAUAAGGACAAGAAGCGAAAACGCGAAGAUGUUUCCAUGUCGGAAAACGACGCCACACUCACCGGAUUCACGCUCACAUCAUCCACAUCGAGUUUAUCCGGUGUGCCAACACUGCAAGCAGUUGUCCCACCCACAUUAUCACUUCCAAUUGAUAUUGAAGAUAUCAAAGAAGAUGAGAAUAGUUUGUCAUCGCCGAAACCUGACAUGGCGCAGCUUGGCAGCCCGUAUCGGGAGCCAAGAACAUGCGUUAUUAAGAAGAUACAGGAGAGGAAUACUGUGCAGAGGAUGUUGGAGCACUUUUUGAAGGCGAUUGAGAAGAAGGAUCCACAGCAGUUCUUUGCUUGGCCUGUCACGGAUAAUAUCGCGCCUGGGUACAGUACUAUUAUUAGUAAUCCGAUGGAUUGCAGUACAAUGAGGCAGAAAAUUGAUGAUAAUGAGUAUAGGGACUUGCCAGAAUUCAUGGAGGAUUUCAAACUAAUGUGCAACAACGCAAUGAAAUACAACCACGCCGACACAGUCUACUACAAAGCAAGCAAAAAACUCCUCCACGCCGGCCUAAAACUCGCCCAAGUCGACAAAUGCGCCUGGAUACUCUCCCUCAUGCCAGAACUAACAAAGCACGAGCUGGGCUUCGAAGUCCCCGCCGAAAUCCGCGCCGAAUACAAAAUCGACACCACGCACCUCUCACCACUCGCCAAGCGCAAAAUGCCCGCGACGAAAUUCGAAGCCAUCCCUGACGAUCUCGAACCGGAUGAAGUCUUGGCACGCGCACAGAAAGCCGCACGUGAAGCCAAAGCAAAACUCCAGUCAACACGCCGCGGCGGGCCUAAUAUGGGCUUCCUGCGCCAGAGGAAAGACGGCACGACACAUUUGAACAUCCUGGUUGGCGGCGACGGUGUCAUCCCAGGCACAAAGAAACGCCCGGUAUUAUUAGGACAACUUACAGGUAAACUCACCGAAGGCACCGGAGCUAUUCAAGGAUUCCGUGAGGAUCGUAGGAAUAUCGCCAAGCCGGUUAAACCGUUGUACUACGGAGCGUUUGGUAGCUAUGCUCCGAGUUAUGAUUCAGCUUUCGCGAAUCUAAGCAAAGAGGAAAGCGAAUUGGUUUAUCAAACGUACGGAUCUGAUGCUGCCGUGCAAUACGCAGAGAGUAUUCUUGACUUUGCACGUGAUUGCGACUACAGCGUUUAUAUGGUUGAUAGUUUAUUGGAUCUCAUGACGGGUGGGGAACAUUCGAAAACGAAAAAAUCUCUCGAAGAGAAAAAAUCACUACGAGAAGAAGAGGAGGCUGUGAAAACAGUUAUAGAAUCAUCGUUGGAUACGGUUAAGAUAGACGUGGAUGAAUUGAAAUCUCUUGCAGAUAUUGGUAUUGAUGUGGAAUUUUUGGAUAAUAUGACAGAUGUGGUUAAGUCUGGUGAGGAGCAUGUUGAGUUGCAGGAUAAAUUGAAUACAAUGUCAGGGCUGUUGGAUAAGUUGCAUAAGAUACAGCAUCAGAGGUUGAGUCAGAAUGUGCCGGCGCAUUUGAGUAAUCUGCCGGGGCCUAGUGAUGAAGAGGUGACACUGGCGAAUACUAUUACGACGAAUUUGACGGAUAUAGCGAAGAGGUUGAAUCCUGGGGAGGUUGUUCCGGUUGCUGGUGUUAGGAAAGCUUUGGGGGUUGUUGGGCCUGAGCCGGAGACUGCGGGUGGUACGCAUGAAGUUGAUUUGGAGACGGAGUUGAGGCAGUAUUUGGAGAAUGAGAAUAAUUUGGUGAAUUCACCGUUGAGGGUGGUUGAUAAAACAAUCGAGGAGAUUCUCAUGGAGUAAGUUUUGAUGUUUUAGAAUGUUUUAAAAUGGAGGACAAGUGUGGGUUGCCUAUAUUAUACUUAAUGCCAUAUUUUAGAAUUUGAGCGAAUUUUUACCUUUUUAUUCAAGUAAUACAUAAAAAUAUGACUUGCAA